UGCGCGUACCAUUACGGAAACGCUCUAGAUGGUGUAUAUAUUAAAAUUGUAUUGAUUUUUCAUGAUUUUGUGUUAUUCAUGGCGUUGGGAUGAAAAUUGUGGAUUUUGUUUAACAAGAUAAUCUUAUCAUCGUUAGUGUUUGUCGUUGAAACGCUCUGAAAAUGACUAAAGACCGUCUACCAGCACUAAAAGCGACACAGAGUGAAGAUGAAGAUACUGACGAUGUCCAGGUGGGGGUGGAUGCUGGGGGCUUCAUGGAUGAGUUCUUUGCCCAGGUGGAGGACAUACGGCAGAUGAUUGACAAGAUAGCUUCCAAUGUGGAGGAGGUGAAGAUGAAACAUAGCACCAUCUUGUCAGCACCACAGACAGACGACAAAACAAAAGAAGAAUUAGAAGAUUUAAUGAAUGAUAUUAAGAAGACUGCAAAUAAAGUUCGAGCAAAGUUAAAGGUUAUUGAACAAAAUAUUGAACAAGAGGAACAUUCUAAUAAAUCCACUGCAGAUCUCCGAAUACGCAAAACACAGUACUCAACAAUAUCUAGAAAGUUUGUCGAAACGAUGAACACAUAUAACACGGCGCAGGUUGACUACAGAGAUCGGUGUAAAGCUCGAAUCCAGCGACAAAUGGAAAUCACUGGUAAAACUACAACAAAUGAUGAACUUGAAGAGAUGCUAGAGUCAGGCAACUUACAAGUGUUCACUCAAGAUAUUAUCAUGGAGACCCAGCAGGCCAAGCAGACCCUGGCAGACAUUGAGGCCAGACAUGCAGACAUCAUGAAGCUGGAGAAAAGUAUACAGGAGCUGCACGACAUGUUCAUGGACAUGGCCAUGUUGGUAGAACAACAGGGCGAGAUGAUUGACAGAAUUGAGUAUAACGUGGAGCAUGCGGUGGACUACGUAGAGGCAGCCAAAAUGGACACUAAAAAAGCAGUCAAAUACCAGAGUAAAGCCAGACGGAAACUGAUUAUGAUAAUAGUUUGUGUUGUGGUUCUAAUUGCUAUUUUGGCAAUAGUUUUAAUAUCAACACUUACGUAGUCAGCCAUUGGUCAACGCUCCUUCAAUGAAGUACCUUGUAACAUUCAUGCUGCCAUGACACCAGUGACCAGUCAUGUGACCGUAGUAUAGCAGCAAAUAUUUUAUGUGGCAAAUGAACAGUAGGCAAUAAACUUGUUUGAAGGAAUUUCUACAGAACUCAUAACAUGUAGUUUUGUAAAGUGAAGAAUAACAAUUAUUGUUCCAAUCACUAAGAUAAAUAAGCAUUUCAUUGAACAUUGCUCUAGUUGUAUUCAGAAUAAGUGACAGUAGCAUUGAACAUUGCUCUAGUUGUAUUCAGAAUAAGUGACAGUAGCAUUGAACAUUGCUCUAGUUGUAUUCAGAAUAAGUGACAGUAGCAUUGAACAUUGCUCUAGUUGUAUUCAGAAUAAGUGACAGUAGCAGGUUAUGCAUGUGUUUUAUUUUAUUUCUUACUUAUAAACCCUAACUCUUGAUAAUCAGUUUUAGUUCUGUGAAGCACCUUUUGUAUGAAGUGAAAUGUUAAUGCUUAUGUAUUGAGUUGAUCAGUGUUACAGAGCUCUAAUUAUUAUGCAUUACAUGUAAAAACCGUGUAAUAUCUUUAGUGGGCAAUACUGACUCAUGCUAUCAGUAUAAAUUUUGCUUUUUUGAUGAGGAAUUAAAAAAGCUUGAACGCAAGAAAUUAAUGUUUUUAAUUCUUUCUCAAAUACAUGCCAAAGUGGGCUGUAACAUUAUUGUAGUUUGUUACCAUCACAUCUAAUACAAAACUGUCUCAACUGCUUCAUGAGUUUCAGUUUUUGUCUUCGAUGCAAUCUAGAAGAUACAUAUGCUGUUUCAAAGCAAUGCUGUAUGUUACACUAUUUUGCUUCCAUUUAUUGCUAAAUUCCAUUUGGGUAUUUUUCCCAGUGACUAUGUUACUACUUUUUUGUCAGAAACUAUGCAAUUGUGAUGUUUUUUGUGCAAAAGUGCACCACUAUGUCUAACUUAAAUUUUAACGAUCACAAUGAUGAGUAUUUAUUCAGGCUAUUUUAUUUCCUGUGCUGCAUCAAACAGUCUCAAUUGCUGGUUAUCCAUAUGUUUCUAAGUUUCUUUCCAAACUUGUUUACAUUUGUAUGAACAAAGUAAUCACUGCUAUCUUCAUUAUUUUAGUAACAAAUUUUUAGUACACAUUUUAAGGGUCUAAGGUUAAUCACAUUUUUGAGCAUUAACAAUCAUAGUGUGGGUCAUUCAGAGAGUUUUCAAAUUCUCACCAAAAUGUAAUGCUAAGAAAGACUGUGUUUAACACAAAUUGUCUUUGAAUAUUUGUGUCUUGUUUUGUGAAAAUUUGGCAAAAUUCAUGUGCGUAAAGUGUCGUCCCAGAUUAGCCUGUGCAGUCCACGCUUUUAUUACAUUUUUCGUUUAAAUGAAGUCUCUUCUUAGCAACAAUCUAAUUAAGGCGGAAAGUGUCGUCCCUGAUUAGCCUGUGCGGACUGCAAAGGCUAAUCUGGGACGACACUUAACACACAUGAAUUAUGCCUAGUUUUCUCAGAACACGACUCAUUUAUAAGAUUUGGUAUAUAACAUAUUAUCUUGACAUUUGUCAGAAUAGUUUUAGUCACUAUAAUGUAGUCACUUCCAAAACUAAAUUUGAGAUGUUCAUAUAUACUUUUUUCUAGCAUAUAUUCAAUUACACACUUGUGAAAAUACCUAAUCCCUUACAUAGUGUAUGUUGUAGCCAGUGUAUAAAACAUGUUUCUUUUGUAAGCAAUAUUGCUAAGCAAAGCACUAUGUUCAACUUAUCUAAAUAUUAAUGACCAUUGUAGCAUUUAUUAAAGUGCUGAAGGUCAAAAAAGGAAGUGGCAACAAACUACAAACUACAUUUUUCUACCACAUUAAUAAUAACUUUUGGUUUAGUGGUUAGUCUAUUUGGAAAUGCUUUAAUAAACAUGUAAGGGACCAAAUUUCAUCAAUUUGCAUCAUCAAACAUUUUGAAUAUGGAUAGUUCGUGAUUAUUCUAGAAAAAGUGCAGACGACACCUCAUUUUUUCACUAUGUGCAAUAUAAUAAUCACUUUAUAUUUUAUUACUAUUGUAAAAUAGUCAUGUAUAUGUAUGUAUAUAAGCUGUUAUUUAUAUAUCAAUAAAAUGUAUGUGCUCAUGUUGCAAUAUUAGUAGUCUUUGUGUUCCACUGUCACAUCUGAGAAAAAUGUUUUUUGAAAUCCUGCUUUGUGCUUAAAAAUGUUCUUAAUUGUUUACAAUUAGGUUCUAAAUGUGAAACUAUGUACACUGCAUUUACUUUGUAAGGUUGUACUGUUAUAACCUUAUAUAAUUAUGUAUUGCCAUAACCUAAAAAUGUAAGUAAUAUAUGUUUCUAAUUAAAAUUGAAAAAUGAACUGCACGUUUUUGCAAUUCUUGAUUAAUUUUUUCUGGACUAUACCAUUGAUGCUUACAAAUGGACAUUUUUGCCAAAAACAACAACAACAUUUCGCGUACUGAAGAUCUCAGUAUCAGUAUUUUACCAAAGAUUUUUACAAUCUUUAUUUUGAAGUUUUUUUGUGUGUUGUGAAACAAUACAUGAUAAACCUUUUUCAGUCUAACAUGUUCAUUAAAAAUGAUGUCAGAUAAGGUAUUUCUCCAUACGUCUUAAAGUAGGUUGUGCUUCAUUGUAGCAUUCUACAAUUACUGGGCAUUCAAAGUUAUUAGUAGUAGAUGAUUAGACAAAAUGCAGGUUUUAAGUGUAAGGAAGAUGCAAAAGUUUGCUCUCAGGCCCAUGUGAGAAAGGCAUGGUUAAAGCUUGCUCUCAGACUCGUGUGAGAAAUGCAUGGUUAAAGCUUGCUCACAGGCUCUUGUGAGAAAUAAAUGGUUAAAGCUUGUUCUCAGGCCCUUGUGAGAAAUGCAUGGUUAAAACUUGUCCCAUGCUCUUGUGAGAAAUGCAUGGUUAAAGCUUGCUCCCAUGCUCUUAUGAAUGCAUGGUUAAAGCUUGCUCACAGGCUCUUGUGAGAAAUGCAUGGUUAAAGCUUGCUCCCAUGCUCUUGUGAGAAAUGCAUGGUUAAAGCUUGCUCAGGCUCUUGUGAGAAAUGCAUGGUUAAAGUUUGCUCUCAUGCUCGUGUGAGAAAUGCAUGGUUAAAGCUUGCUCUCAGGCUCUUGUGAGAAAUGCAUGGUUAAAGUUUGCUCCCAUGCUCUUGUGAGAAAUGCAUUGUUAAAGCUUGCUCACAGGCUCUUGUGAGCUACUUAAGGGGCCAAUUUGCUUUUGAGGUUCAUUUUUCAACUGUUAAGCUAUUUGUUUCCAUUUCUCUAGGAGUUAUUUCCUUUUAAAUGUGACGCAAACUUUUGACCCUUUUGCUGCAUCAUCAUGGCUGUUUUUAUUACCGGUAUAUUGUCUGAUCAGACAUUUUGAUGACAAAACACAACAGAAUGCACAAUUUGUGUUACAGGCUAAAACUUUAUUAUAUAACCUCAUGAAAGGAAAAUGUUUAAUCAGAAAAGUAACUUAAGAAAAUCUUAGGUCAGAUGUUUUACUAAGUUACAGGGGUUUAUAGUGCAAUUUCAGUACUAACAGUGCAUUUUGUAUUUUUAUUGCAAAUAAAAAAAAUACCUAAUGUUAUUAUUGUUAAAAUCUUUGUUUAUGAUUUUGAUCCCCAAUGAUGUGUGUGGGUGUUUGAAAAAAAAGAGUUUUCUGUUUUAAAAUACUAUUAUGUCUUCUGUGUUAUUAUUAUUUAAGAUAUUAAUGUAAUUGUGUAUGCAUGUUGUUUCCUUUGGUCCAUUACAUUGAGACUUUUUGGGAAAAAUACAAUUGUUACCCCCACUUUCUUAUUGUAUUUCAUGUAUUGUCUAGUUUUGUAUGUGUUUUAAAUCAAGUACAUUGAAUUUUAUUUAUUGUGUGAUUGUUUUUUUAAUCCCCUGCCUUUGUCCAUCAGCCAGUUUAUCAGUCAGUAGGUCAGUCAGUCUAUUGGUCUGUCCCAAAUACUUUCGUAUUUGCACCAUUUUUCCUAUACUUUAAGAUGGAUUUUUAUGAAACUUGUGCAAAAUGUUAAGGGCAUUUAAACAUUGUGCAGAAGGGUAAGUCAGUCAUGCCGGCUCAUUGUCAAUGUAGAUUUUAAAGGGCCAAAUUUGAGCCCCCUUUUUUGUUGCAGCUCCAUAUCUCCCGUACCUUAAAAAGGAUUUUCUUCAAAUGUGACUCAAAUGGUAAGGUCAUUGACUCAAUUUGAGACCAUGUGCAGAAGUCAUUUACGCAAUUUCAAAAGCAUGUCAUACCUCCAUUUUCGUAACAGCUCCAUAUCUGCCAUAUGCUUUGAAGGAUUUAUAUUAACCUUGGCUAUGAUGUUAAGGUUUUAUGAUUUUCAGUUGGCAUGAGUCUGUCACGCCUGCUCCAGGUCAAGGUUAAUUGUUGGAACCCUUUUUUCAUGUCCAGUCAUCUACAACAAGUAGGUUUGCAUGAAACUUGUCUACAAUGUUUUUAGUAAUGGUAAUGAUCUGCAGAAGGCAUGAGUAAGUCACUCCAACUCAUGCUCAAGGUCAUACUUAAAAGGUCAUAAUUUUAGCUUUUGUGUGUCUCUGAUCCAUAUCUAUAUUACACAUUGAAAGAUUUGCAUCAAACACAGUCACAAUAUUGAGGUCAUUGGGACAAUCAGUCAUGCUGGCUAUAAUCCAGGUCACCGCUUGAAGGUCAAUAUAAUAUAAUUGUGUCUUGGGCUUUCUUGUUGCAAUGAGUAUUGGUAAAUUUGUCAUACAUGUACUGGUAUGUUGCUUCAUUUUAUUAAUUCCAUUUUUUUUAUUCAUCUAUAUGUUACUAUUUUGACCCAUUUCCACAAUGAUAUAUGUUAGGCAAAGGAUAUACUGCAUGCUUUUUCAUAGGUGCCUCUUGCUUUCAGAAUUUAUGGGGUUGUUUUCGCAAUAGAAACAAUGUUAUAAUAUUAGCUGUAAUGUUUCAUUAAUAAUAGCUUCAAAUAAAAAAUCUAUUACUUGUUAGGCCUGUUAAAGCUUUGCAAUAAUACCUUCCACAUUAAAAUGUUUUUCUCAGAAUUUAUACAUGUCAAUCUCGGUAUCCAAUAAUUGCCGGUACAGUAUUAGAGUAGCCCUUAUAUGUUAAGGUCAUGGUUACUUUUAGAUAGAAGUUAGCUGGUCUCUGGGAAAACAAGAGGCUAAACGUGUGUGAUGUACUUUCCACUUAUAUGGAUUUUUGGUUUAAAGGAAUUCCUCUGGGGGCAUAUGCCUCUUAAAAACAAAAAUCCAGUUUUGGGGGAAAGUGUAGUGCUGGAUUCUAUUUUGCAGAGUGCACAAGCUAGUCUGGGAUACACAUAUGCAUUAUGCCCAGUUUUCCCAGAGUAUUACUCGAAUAUAUGAUUAUUUAGACUUACCUUUGGUCAUUAACUAUACAGUAACCAGACAGUUAUAAUUGUCUCUUACUUAAUGUAGAUUCAGCUAGGCUGACUCAUACUUAGCAUUAACAGAGAGAACACACAUCCCUAUGUUUCGGUGUCAAGUAACAAAUGCUUGACGUUUGAUUUAUUGUAAUAAUGGAGCUUACUUACAAUAGUAUUUUUUUUAUCUAAUCCAUUUGCUGAUUCUAUAUAUUUGUAUGUAUUUAUGAUGUCAAAUUGUUAAAUUUUCAAAACUGAAAAAAAAAUAAUUAUAAUACAGGUUUCUGAAGAAGUUUACAUUGAACUUACAGACAAGACAUUUUUUUUUAAAUAAUUUUUAAUGUGAAAAAUAUUAAUUUUAAGACUACUUAAUUUUCUUUUCUUUUUUUCAAAUUUAACCAUUUUCAUAUGCAAGGCCAGCAUUGAAAGACUGCAGAUAUCCUUUGAUGUUUUAGCAAGUGUUGUGAUGUGAUGAUGCUUCAUGUUAAUGUCCAUGAUUAAACCUCCAUAGGAAAUGUUUACUGGUAACUAUAUUGUUGUAGAUUUUGCCUGUUGAAAGCUUUUUCUCUAUAGAAUUAUUUGUUAUUCUCUAUCCCUCACUAGUUAUGUUGUUUGUUUAUACCAUUGGGGGUAAAUAAGAAAAUCAAAAGCAUUUUGUUUAAUACACAAUGAAUGUCUAAUAUGUUAAAACAAGUAAACAUUUUUGUAAAACAUUACACAUUUUGUUAAAAAUGAAAUUUGUAAUGUUUGAUAAAAUGCACAUUUGUUUUUAACAUAUUAGUUCGCUGAUUAAAGUAUUCGACUAAAUGAUUGACAGAGACUGUUCUGAUUUUGGCUAAAAGAGAUUGUAUAAAUAAAAAUCAAAGUUGCAGAAAAUAUUAGCAAUUAUUUUGUUUUGUUAAUUUAUGAUAUUAGAACUUUUAUUCCCACAUUCUGGGUUCAUUAUAACAUGAACAUUCAAAUUCCUUAAAAGAAGUAUUUGGUUUUGUUGUUAUUCUAUUUAUUUAUUUUUUAUAAACAGAUUGUAAAAUGGGUAUAUAUAGGUAUAAAAGUAAACAAAAGUUUAAAGAGGUAUAUUUAUAUAUAGAAAUACUGAAUGUAUCCAUUUCUCAAACUUUCCUGGUUUAAUAACUGUUCCAUGAUCUUCAACUGGUUUUUAUAGCUGAUUUUAUUAGCGAGGCUGUUUUCGGAGAAAACCCGAGCUAUUGUCAUAGCCAGCUCGUCGUCCUCCGUCCAACGUAGGCGUCGUGCUAAAACCUUAACAUUGGCCAUAACUUUUUAAACAUUGGCCAUAACUUUUUAAAUAUUGAAGAUAGCAAUUUGAUAUUUAGCAUGCAUGUGUAUCUCAUGGAGCUGCACAUUUUGAGUGGUAAAAUUUCAAGGUGAACAUCAUCCUUCAAGGUCUAGGGUCGAAAAAACAAAGUCAAGGGAAGUAAUAAGCUUUAAAUGGACAUAGUUAUCUGACCUGCCCAUGUAUAAUUUUUAGCCGGAUUUUUUUCGAAAAAAUCUCGGCUUAUAGAUUGAUGUUGUCGGGCGGGCGGGCGGGCGGGGUGGCGGCGUGCUCGAAAAUGUUAAAGUUCUUAUUUCAUGGUAUAACUUUGGUAUGCUUGGACCUAGAGUCUUCAAACUUGACAUGAAGGUUGGCCAGGAUUAACAGAUGACCACUGGUCAUUUCAAGGUCAUUCAUUUGAAGGUCAAGGUCACUGUGACCUUGAAUGUAAAAAUGUUAAAGUUGUUAUAACUUUGGUAUGCUUGGACCUAGAGUCUUGAAACUUGACAUGAAGGUUGGCCAGAACUAGUAAGUAACCACUGGACAUUUCAAGGUCAUUCAUUUGAAGGUCAAGGUCACUGUGACCUUGAAUGUAAAAAUGUUAAAGUUCUUAUUUCAUGUUAUAACUUUGGUAUGCUUGUACCUAGAGUCUUCAAACUUGAAAUAAAGAUUGGCCAGUACUAGAAGAUGACCACUGGUCAUUUCAAUGUCAUUCAUUUGAAGGUCAAGGUCACUGUGACCUUAAAUGUUAAAAUGUUAAAAUUGUUAUAACUUUGGUAUGCUUGGACAUAGAGUCUUCAAACUUGACAUGAAGGUUUGCAAGCACACUUAGAUGACCACUGGUCAUUUCAAGGUCAUUCAUUCUAAGGUCAAGGUCACUGUGACCUUAAAUGUUAUUGUUGUUCAUGUAUAUGCAUGCAUUCAAAACAUAACACAAGGUUUGCUCAUGCCUUGAAAAGUACUUACAUUUCAUUUUGACCUUUGAACAAUAUUUCAGUAAUUUAAGUAUUGCAUUGACAAAAACACGAAAGGUACUUUCCUGUCAUUUAAAUCAAAAAUCCGGCUUCAAUGCGGUCAUCUCCGACCGCGGAACUCUUGUUUGUUAAAUAAAUCAAAGCGGUGCAGUAGGCGGCAUUGUGUUUCUGACAAACACAUUGUGGUAAAAGGUCAAGGUCAUCCUUUACGGUCUACGGUAAAAAAUACAAAUUUAAGGGAAGUAAUAAGCUUUAAAAAGGGAGAAAAUUAUUCAAUAUUGAACUUAGCCACUUAAUAUAUUUGGCAUGCAUGUGUAUCUCAUGGAGUUGCACAUUUUGAGUGGUCAAUCACAGUCACGGUAGUGGCUUUUAAUAAUUUGCUACCAAAAAUAGAGAUUUGUUAGAGACAAUUAUUUUCAGGGGAAGUAAUUUAUAUAAUUAUAAAUCUCAUAUUAUAUAUUUCCUUCCUGGCUAUGAUCUCUUUGAUAAACCACAGGCCUUGGUUGUCAGUGAUGUCUGACUUGGUCAUUUUUUAACUGUCUUCAGACCCCCCCCCCCCCCCCCCCCCCCCCCCCCCACCCCGGUUAGAUUGGACAAUAUCCAGUGGAAGUACCGGUAAGAAACCUUUAAAGAAAAGGAUGAUGUCUAUACCUGCCAAAUGCUAAAUAGACAUUUUAUUUCAAAGUGGCGAAGUAGGGGGCAUUGUAUUUCUGACAAACACAUCUCUUGUUGGGUCACUACCUCAAAGGUCAAGAUAACUGUUACCUCUAAAAAAAAAAAUCUGACAAGCUUUCGCAGUCGAGCGUGGCACCCGCGGCACCUGUUAUGCGGUGCUCUUGUUGUAUAACAGAUUAUAUUAAAUGUUCAUGUUUUUAGCUCCACUGGCCAGAGGCCAGCGGGGCUUAUGUCAUGGUCCUGUGUCCGUCGUGCGUGCGUUAACUUUUUCUUUAAACAUCUCCUAAAGUACUGGUCCAAUUCUGAUGAAAUUUCUCAGGAAUGUUGCUUGGGCAAACCUCUUUCAAAUUUGUUCAAAUUAUGCCCCUGGGGUCAAAUUUGACCCCGCCCUGGGGGUCACAAAAUUGAAAAUUUGCUUAUAUAAGGCCUAUUUUGUGAAAACUUUCAAAAUCCUUUUGUCCAUAGCCAUUAGGCCUAGGGUUAUCAAAUUGGGUAUGUAGAGACAUCUAAUAGUCCUCUACCAAAUUUCUUCAAAUUAUGCCCCUGUGGUCAAAUUUGACCCUGCCCCGGGGGUCACAAAAUUGAACAAAUGCUUAUAUAAAGCCUAUUUUGUGCAAACUUUAAAAAUCUUCUUUUCCAUAACCUUAGGGCCUAGGGCUACCAAAUUCUGUAUGUAGUGACAUCUAACAGUUCUCUACUUAGUUUGUUCAAAUUAUGCCCCUGGGGUCAAAUUUAACUCUGCCCCGGGGGUCACAAAAAUGAACAUAUGCUUAAUAUAUCCGCAGCCCGCGAAAUCUCUCGGCAUUUUACACUGGUAGAUUCUGCCUAAGCAUUUUUAAAACGAGCGAUAUAAUUGGCUGUCGUUUCCCAAUCUUCCAAUUAAAAUCAGUUUCAUAAAAUGUGUUUGGUAUUUCAUAUGCAAAUGGGGCUUUUGUGAAGCGAAAAUUAAGAUUUGAAAUGACAGAUAUCAAUCACAUUAAUGACUGACAUCAUAUAGUUUGAUAGGAAUAAUGAAAUGUGUUUGUCAAGGAAAAAGACUUCGUUUUAGAUACAAGAAACACAUAUUUUGUUUAGAAAUGUGCACAGUGAAUUUGUGUCACGGAAACCAGUGUUUCUGUUUGCAAAUUGGGAGUUCAGUCUACUCGCGAAGUAAAACAAUUUAGAAGAGGAUCUUUCGAACAUGGAAAUAGACAAACUGAUUUGAUUUAUAUGAUAGUGGAUCAGUGUAUAAUCAGAUUCAUAUGCAUAUUCUGCUUUAUUAGUCCCCUACCGGUUUCACUGGAGGGGACUUAUGAUUUGCGCUCUGUCUGUCAGUCAGUCUGUCUGUCUGUGUGUCAUACUUUUCUGGAUCCUGCGAUAACUUUAAAAGUUCUUAAUAUUUUUUCAUGAAACUUGGAACAUAAAUAGAUGUCAAUAGGGACAUUAUGCACAUCAUUUCAUUUCGUUUUUACGUCAAAAAUUCUGGUAACUAUGGCAACAAAUAUAUAUAAAAAAUCUGAAAAUGGUGGAAUUUCUGACAAUGGUGGAGCCGGUAGGGGACUGAUAUUGCUUGACAAUAGUCUUGUUAUGUUUGUCACGCUGUUCAGUUAACUGAAAUAGCAUUGAACUUAAGAUGUGAAAUGCAAGAUAUUGAAAGGUAAACAAAUUAUAUAUUUUAAUUUAACUCAGUUUAAUACAUCAUUAACACAAGAUGAACAGUCACGUUUGUUUGUUUAUAUUUACCGUAGGUUUCCACGUAUAGCGCGCUCCCGUGUAUAGCGCGCAGGCUGUUUUUUUAAAUGCAAAAAUGGAGAAAAAUAUAUUUAAAGACAACAAAACCACAAAAUCGGUCCGAAAAUGGCCGCCAUUUUACUUUUGCACAAUCCAAUAAUCCGGGGCAUUGGAAAGCUUAAUUAAGCAUUCAAAAAUUGCGUUACCCGCAAAAAAGACCUCGUUCGCACCUACCCUUGUCUGCUCUCCGGAUUGUCGACAACAAUCCCCAUCGGAAUUCAUCAAUAAAGAAGUGUAAAAACACAAACAAAGAAAUGUCCGCAAGUUUAUUCAAACAAAUUUAUUUUUGACCAAAACUUCUUCUACCGCAUUGAUAUCUAUCAGUAGCUACUUCUUGUUGUUUCGACAAUGGCCCCUCAGUCUGUACGAUUAUAGGUUGGUAGUUUUCUGGAGAAAAACAUGGCGGCCAUUUUGAUUAUUUACGAUUAAACAACAUUUUUUUUACCAAUUUAGCAGCCAGGAAAGCGCUGUAUCAAUGUAUAGCGCGCACCAGCUUUUUAAUUUGAAUUUUGGAGGUAAAACACUGCGCGCUAUACGUGGAAACCUACGGUAGUUCAUUAACCUUGUUUGUAUAUAACAUUUUAUAAAAAAAUUGUAUUGUUUUGUUUGUUUUCACCAAAUGGUUAGUAUUAUUCUUUUAUGUUAACAUUCUCAAAAUUCUUGUUUUAUUAUAGGCCCUUUUGAUCAAAAAAAAAAUUGAAUGACAUCAUUUUAUGAUUUAUAAACAGAUUGCAAAAAAUAUUUGUUCAAGAUAAACUUAACAACAAAUUGUUUCAUUGAAAUUAGGUGAUUUUAAUAUUCAGCAGCAAAAAAGUAAGGAGAAUCCAACUUAAAAAAGAUGUAUCUAUUAAAAGUAUAUUCUACCAAUGCCGUGAACAAUCCCCUUGUUUAUAACAUGACUGCCGCUUAGUCUUUUACAAGCAACCUAUCAGAGAAUAGGUCAGAUACCUUAUUUCAAUAUAUGGCAAUCCUAGUAUUUUUCAAAAACAAACAUGAUAGGUAACCAAUGUCAGAUGGAAAAAGUAAAGGAAAGUUAGGUCAAGCUAAUUGUUUGUCAUGAUAUCUCUUUGAACCUCACGCCAUAUGCAAGUAGUGUUGCCAUGAUCACAACAUCUUGAUUAAUUAUAAUUCAAUUUUUUGUCUCAUAAACAUUUACUUUGUUUAACAAACAACCUCUACAAAGUUAUCAUUCCUACUGCCUUUCGGCACCUCAUGAACCUGAAAAACGCGUAACUUUAUGUUUCCUCAGGCAAAUAUCUUCUUUGUACAAUAAACAAUUUCUUCACCAUGUUAACAAUCCUGCUACACUAGAUAAAUGUACCUACGUUAUAAGCAAAGGACCUGUGCGACAAUUCCCGGACUUUUUAGUCUUUUUAGUUAACACCGUAGUAACGUUUUCCAUUUAUAAAAAAUGCUCACCCUUCCAACUUUAAGCGGCCAGUGGGACAAGGGAUAGAAAGAGAAAGUCACAUGCUUGAGUACAUUUCAACCCAUGCGCAUUGCACGCUUUUUUCGCAUAAAAAAACAGUGGAGCGAUACAGGGCCACCAUGGCCCUCUUGUUGUUUCUGUAGUAUUCCUUAAUGUGCCCCCAGCAUUUACAGAUGCUUAAGAUGGGCCUGUUUGUUUGUUCUUCCGCGUGUUUGAGGUUAACCAAAAAUGAUAAGUUUUGUAAAACAUGAAUAAUGCUUCCUACAAAGCUUUGGCAUUGAAAUGGAUGAUGUCUUUGACCACUAUCAAUGCACCCCACAUCAUCUGACAUCAUUUUGACCUAGAUAUUGACUAUCUUUUGGAUGUGAUCAGAAGAUCGAAAUUCUUGUUUAACCCAUAACAACCCCUGAAAGUUUUAACACCAAUUAAGCGUCAUACAGCGCUUUAUAUUUGCACUGAGGGUGUCUUAAAACUAUCAACACACCUUCUUCACCUGACCUCAUUUUUAUCUCAACAGUGACUUACAUGUACUUAUGGAAUUAUUUAUUGAAAAAGUCCACUCAUCUCAACCACAUUACCUGACCUCAUUUUGACCUUGACAUUUACCUCUUUAUAGACCGAGAAUCAUUCUAUUGGGCCAAUUAAGCGAUACUUAUCAGUAGUCCUCUGGGGGCAUUUGCCUUUAUUGUACGCAGCAUCUUGUUCUAAUACUCACAUUUUUUUUAUACAAGCCAUGUAUGAAUGUGAAUUUAGGUUUAAGUUAAAAGCUUCUGCUAACUGAAAAAUGUUUGAUGUGUUUAUCAUGCUGUAAUUUGUAGUAAUUUUGCAUUUUAACUUCUAUUGAAAUCAUUUUAGAUUAUAUUGUGAUAUGAUGUGAACAGUUGUAAUAUUCGUUAUAUUAAACUUUGAUAGUCUGCUA